AUGGAUUCUUAUUCAUAUGCUAUUUCUUCUUUUUCUUCUUUUAAUAAUUCCUCUUCAACAUAUCCACAACAAGAACAAAAGAAAAAUAAAAAAUUAGCCUCAUAUCAUUCCUCACUUCAUGGAGUUAGAAGGCUCCCAUUAAAACCAAUGACUAAACUACCAAUUGCACCUUUGCCACCAACACCUCCUAAAAUAUAUAGAGUUGAACCUAAUGAUUUCAAGGAUGUUGUCCAAAUGCUCACUUCAUCUCCCGAGUUUCAAUCUGUCUCCAAUGAUUCUAUCUCUCGUUUUGAUUCUGGCUCUGGCUCUGGCUCUAGUUCAUUUAAUUCGAGGCGUUUACAGGAUAUUGCUCCUCCUCCACUUGAUCUCUCACCAGUUUCAUUACAAAGAAGUAACAACAACAACAAUAAUAAUGAUGAUGUUCUUGCACAAUGGCGCGAGUUCCUUCUUCCUUCUUCUUCUACAAACGACCAAUUUGAGGUGUGUGUUGAUUCAACAAUGUUUGAAGCACAAGAAAGAUCGCAUGUAACGCCUCGGAUCCCAUCAGAAAAUUAUUUUGGAUCGUGUAGUCCCUUGGCUAAUUUUCCUCUAUCACCUGCUUCUUUUGCAUGGUGUUCUUCUAUUCUUUUUAGCCCGGGUACACUUACUUCACCAAGCGCGGUUCAAAUCAUAUGA